AUGAGGCUCCUCAACACGUAUACCCUGACGCUCACGACGUUCAUUGGUGAAAUACCUGAGUACGUUAUCCUCUCACACCGGUGGGAAGACGAGGAAAUUCUCUUCGAGGAUGUGAUGAAGGUCCCUAUCAGCGACACCAGCAACCCAGCCCGAGCCAAACGUGGGUUUCCUAAACUGCAGGGGACCUGCGCACUCGCGCUUAGGGACGGAUUCGAUUGGAUUUGGAUAGACAAUUGCUGCAUCGACAAAUCCAGCUCUGCGGAGCUUCAAGAGGCGAUCAACUCAAUGUUUCGGUGGUAUCAAGAGGCUCAGUUUUGUUACGCUUAUCUGAGUGACGUUUCCAACGGACAGGCUGGAUUGGAUGUAGCAUUCAAAGAGAGCUUGUGGUUUACCCGCGGUUGGACCUUACAGGAACUACUGGCACCGUGUAGCGUCGAAUUCUACGCAGCCGACUGGACGUUCAUCGGCUCCAAGGCAUCGCGAGCCGAAGAAAUCGCAACUAUCACUGGGAUCGCCCUUGCUGCUCUUCAGAAUGUCUGGGCAGUUCAGAAAGACAGAUAUCUCGCUGCAGAGAAAAUGUCAUGGGCUGCGCAUCGACGGGUCACUAAGUCCGAAGAUAUGGCUUAUUGUCUGCUCGGUCUCUUCGAUGCGAACAUGCCAUUACUUUACGGCGAAGGGGGACGUCGGGCAUUUCGCAGGUUACAGCAAGUAGUCUUUGAGAGCGAACCUGACUAUACGCUGUUCCUCUUCGCUACUCACGAUAAAACUGAUGCGGAAGGCCCUGGUGUGCCAGAGCAUGCACCAUUGCUCGCCGUCGUUGACGCACAGUGGAACGCACUCAACGACCCCUCCCUGAAGUUGGUCAAAAGCGGUGUGCAGUUGAAGGUGCCUCAGACUGGAUACAAACCGGGCCUCCAGUAUCUUCCAUUGACCACCAACCGCUAUUCAAGGAAGCCAAGUGGAAAAAAAGACGGAUUGGUCGCACUUUUGCCUUUGACCCUGACAGGAUACAAAUUCCACCUCUUUGGGAUCGUUCUCGAGCUGCUUCCGACAUCCAAUUACGCUCGCCUCAACACAGCCCCUAUUAUGGUAGAUAUGAGGAGCCUCAAUAGUGAUGCCUUUGAUCCCAAAGCUCUCAUAGUAUCCGACGUUUUCCUCUCUCCAGUCGAGCACAUGGGUCCCGACCGGGCGCUUGCCUGUUUCGAGUUCCACAGUUCUUCAUUCAUGGUAUCAUCUUGGGAUAGCAAUUACGUUCAUGUCCCGAACGAGUGGAAACCUGAAAGCAUCUUCACAAUGGCCAGCACCGCGUCCCACGGCUUUGGUUUGAUGAUAAGGACGUCCAGUAGCUCUUCAAGAGUCUCUCCCGUAAUUAUACUGGGCGAUUCCAUAAAGAAUAUUCGACUGCUAGGCGUGGAAGUGCAAGGCGAUGAUGGCUCAACGUCGCGAUUGGAAUCAGAAGGGAGCAGCCUUGCAGAUCGCAUAAUCAUCCCCCUGGAAUCAGCACAGGCUUGUAUCAAGGUUACUCUUCGCCGUUUAUGCACCACAUUAACUGGCCACAUCCUUGACCAAGUCGAUGUGCGCUUGCGAAUAGAUGUGGAAUACGUUGCAGACGAUAUGCACGGUAUCGAACCCGGAAAGAUGAACAAGGAGAGGAUUGACGCCCAGACUGAAGAUAUCGAUGCGGAUGAGUUCUCUGUGAAUACCACGGCCGCCGACUUAGUCUAG